AUGCAUGCUAUCAUGUCUGUAUGCUUAACACCAGGCCUUUCAAGAGUUACAUUUAGUGCGGUGGUACACAAUAUUCAGGUAUUCAGAGAAACUGUGACACAUUUCAGAGAUAUUUUGAUGCGAUUAAGUUCUCUUGAUCAGUUUACUGAUAGUUUAGCUAAAUGGGAUGAUUUAAUGACGGAACGAUUAACUGAACAAUUAAAUCGUAAAGUACGUAUAAAUGAAAUGCGUACACGUCUUGAAACACUUACUGGACAGUUAAAAAAUUUAAUGGAUGAAUCUACGCGAUUAGAACAUUUAGAUCAAAAAGGGGCGUAUUUAUCAGUCCUACGAUCAAAUGAUAUUGGUGAUCGAGUGAAAGGUAUACAAACUAGCAUAGAAUAUCAACGUGGGGGAUUUCAAAGUGAAUUGUUAAAUUGUAAACGUGAACUGGACGCUAUUCAAACACGUGCAGAUCAAUUGAACACUGAUUGGGCACAAGUAGACAGACGAAUUGGAGAAUUCCGUGAAAAAAUUCGUCAGACAAACAGACUGAUUUGUGGUGACAAUGGCUUAUUGCCCAGUGAAGAUACAGACAACAAAGUAUGUCCAUCCACUUGUGGAGGUGCUGGUUGUGAUUACUUUUCAAAAUCAACUGGUCUUUUAACAGCACCUGUAGUGGUUAACCCAAAGGAAAGUCGUCAGAUGAUGAGUACAGAGGUGAAUUUACGCACUGGUCUGAUUGGUACAUGUGGAGUGAAUCCAGGAUGUAAUGCUAGUAAUGCUGGACGUUUACGUCUGCGUAUGGAGGAGUAUUUAAAUAUGCAAAUUCGUUUGACCAAUGCAUUGUACAAUGUUUAUCGAGCUGAAAGUGCUAUUUCAAAGGUUCAUUCAAAUCGUAAAGAUGCAGAGGAGACAGUAAAAAAUUUAACACUGGAAGUGGCAGCAAUAAAAGAACGUCUGGCUAAUAUGUACAACCUAACACAAAGUCUGAUAACAGACGCUGAGAAAUAUGUGGAUAUUUAUGGUAAUAUGAGUCAGGACAAGUUUGAUGAAAUCUUGAGAUCACUCAAGAAAGAUAAAGUUAUUCGUAUACUCGCUGAGACGGAAUCAGAUCGUCAGCGUACUGGGAAUCUUUUGAGACGUGCUGAAACUAUUAGAGAUAAAGCUAAGGAUUUUAUGGAACAAGUAAAUCAAUUAAAAGAAGCGGAUAAAAUUUAUAAAGAACUAACUGAAAAGCCAAUCAUUCAAAAAGUUGAUGAUAUUGAGUUAUUUGAUCAAAUCUCACAGUUAACGCACAGAAUUGACGGGUUCAAAAGUCAAGUUAGUAUGUUCGCUCACGACUCCAGUUUACAAUCGGAUAUUGUUAAAGAUUCAUCUGAAAUAGCACAGAAUCUGCUAUCAAGUACAAAUGUUGCUAGACGUGAAACACUCGAUACACUACAACAGAUUGAACUAGUUGAGGUAUCAUUCAAACAAUUAGAUGAGAAAAUAUUAGAGUUAGACAAGUUAAUGCGUGUUCUAGAUGCAGGUGAUAGGGCAAAUGAAACAGAUGAAGGUAUACCAGAGACAACGUUGACUGAUCCAACUAAACUGAUGGAAGAAGUUCAAAAUUUCACCAACACUCUAGAGGAGAAUAGAGAUGAGGUUAAAAGUAUACUAACAAAUUUAAAGAGAUUAGAAGGUGAAAGUGAACAACUAACCGAUGAAUUAAAAGGUUACAUGGAGAAAAUGCGACAAUUGAGUAUUCAUUUAUCACGUACUGCAAAACAUCAUCAAGUAUGCACAUGA